AUGAAAGGAAUUGAAGAGGAAUCAAAUAAUUCUUAUGAUACGGAUAAGAGAAAUUUUUAUACAAAGAAUUUCAAGCCCAAACAAAUCGAGGAAUCAAGCCCGAGUCCAGUAAUUUCUUUGGUUGAUGAUUCAUCGUCGAAUUCGAACUUUGACAAUAAUGUUCGCUUAAAUCCUGUUCAAGUAUCGAGUCCGAAACCUUUUCAUAAGCAUCAAGGAUCAAACAACAAUAAUUACAAGAAUGGUCGUAAUAAUCACAAACAUAUGCAGUAUAACUCGAAAUCGUCACAGAAGUCCGCCGAGAAUUUCGAAUUCAACAAUAAUCCUUAUCCGCCAAAUUAUUCUACGUCACCAACACGUAAUAACAGUAACAAUAACGGUUUACAAGGGUCCACGAGAUUCAACGAUUCGGUGUAUUCUGGUGCGAAUAACGGAAAUGGUUUCUUGUCACCGCAAAACUCAGUUUCACAGCAGCAGCCUUUCCAGAAUCAUCAUGAACAAUCUAAUGAUGGACCAGAUUACCAAAGGCGAAUGUCACAUCAAUCGUCCUCUGAUGGUUCAAAUAGUCAAACAAGUGGUAAUACUAGUAACACUAGUUAUAGUAAUAGUAGCAAUUAUUCAAAGAAUUAUCAUCAGAAAAGUAAUAAUAACAAUCAGGAUAAUUAUUAUCAGCAACAAAACCAGAAUAAGCCAGUAUAUAAUAAUAGUAAAAAAAAGCAGAAGAAUAACCAGCAGGUGGAUAAUCGUAAUACUAAUAAUGAUAAUAAUUGGGCUUACAGAAAUUCCAUGAAUGGUAAUAAUUGCUAUAGCAAUUCUGGAAAUAGAUCAAAUGGUAGAGAUCCAGUCCUUAUUAAUUAUGAGUUAACAUCCGUGACAGAUCCAAAUUCUCAUAUGUAUCAAGGAUAUCAAGAUCAAGGAUAUCAAGGAAUGUCAAACGUUAGCAAUGAUAAUAAUUAUUACACGUGCGAUAACAGCGUUACUAGUGACGUCAUUGGAUAUAGAGCUCUUAACGGAUUUAGCGACAUAUUAAAAGGUUGUAAUAAUAAUAACAAUAGUAACUCUAUCGGUGGGAAGGAUUCAAACUUUCCAAAGACAUCAAACGUUAAUUAUAUCAAUGGUCCAAAAUUAGUGAACAGUGGCAGCCAAUCCACAAUUCGAAAUGUAAAUGGUGGUAACUUAAACAAUAAUUGUUCACGUUCGCCCAUUGUCAUUAAUAAUUACCAUAAUUCGUUUGGGAAUUGCCAACAAGUUCCCAAGUCCGUUGAAAUCAAUAAUAAUUUUAAUGCGCAAGCGAAGCAUGGUAACAAUAACUAUUCAAUAUCACCAAAGAAUGGAGGAAACAUUAAUAAUGGCAUCACUCAACGAAUGAAUCAGAACAAAAAGGGUCGUUAUAGUAAUGCUGUUAAGGCUGAUAAGAAAGAAGAUGGUUCCAAUCAACAACAGCAAUCUUUACAAGUACAGUCAUUACCUCAAGAGCGACAGAUAUAUAACAAUAGUCAACUUCACCAACAUCACCAUCAACAAGAAGGUAGUCCAAGACAAAAAAACGGACAGAAUAACAAUGUUAAAAAGGGGAAUAAAGCUGGAUCGAAAAAACACGGUCACAAACAAAGCUUUGAGUGCCAACCACAACAAUAA